AUGCAUGCUUACAGCAUGGUCUAUCCCCACUUUGCUCUUUCUGAGAAAGGAGGAAACACAGUGUGCUUUGACUCCGCUGUGCCCACGGGCAAGUGUGCAUCUCUGCCACAGUGCUCCAGUUUCAGUGGGAUUCCCAGCCCAGGUGUAGGUCUUGGAGCUUUCCCAUUGCUUAGCAGAAAACAGAGCCAAUCCUACCUGCAGCUUGACUUCUUGCUCCACCUGGAUAGCCACUGCCUGCCUCCUUGCCACAUCAGAUCUGGGGAGUGUUGGUUUCUGUGUGGCUUUUGUAGUGAUGUCUUUGCUUUUGUUUUGCUGUUGUCAUUUGUUUUAGUUGCUGACCCUAUGUAG